AAAUUGGUAAAAAAAAAAGUAAAUUUUAAAUUUCAAAACACAUUGGAGAGAAAAAAACACAAGAAAUUGCGAAAACAUAAUGCAUUUAAUAAAAGUUAAGACUAAACCCGCGCUACAAAUUCCCAAAAUCGUAAGAAACUAGCAAAAAAAAAAAACAAAAGAGUCCAAAACAAAAAAGCAAAAGGCACAAAACAAAAGUAAAACAAAGGCAAAAAGCCAACAGGAACAACAACAACAACAACAACUACUGCAGAAAGAGAGCCCAAAAGGCAAAACGACGGCCCCAAAAUGUUGUAUCAGCUAAGCAAAGCCACUACUAGAAUCCGGCUCAAAAGGCAAAAGCAAAAGCAAAGGCAAACCCAAACGCUGCAAAAGCAAAAGCAAAGGCAAACGCAAAAGCAGUCAAGAGAGCCGCCGCAAGCAACAAACCGAAAAGCUGUUCCACAACAUUGCUGGCUCUGGAGUUUAGCAUUUCUGGCAGCAUUUACUCUGAAGGAUGUCCGUUGUGCGGACUUAGCCAUAAGCAUACCCAACAACCCCGGCCUGGACGAUGGCGCCUCCUAUCGUCUGGACUACAGCCCGCCCUUUGGCUACCCGGAACCCAACACGACCAUCGCCUCCAGGGAUAUCGGGGACGAGAUCCAGUUUUCCAGAGCCCUACCCGGCACUAAAUACAAUUUCUGGCUCUACUACACCAACUUUACGCAUCACGAUUGGCUGACCUGGACGGUGACGAUAACGACAGCUCCCGAUCCACCCUCGAACCUUUCAGUACAGGUGCGCAGCGGCAAGAAUGCCAUUAUACUGUGGUCCCCGCCCACCCAGGGCAGCUACACGGCGUUCAAGAUCAAGGUAUUGGGCCUGUCGGAGGCCUCCAGCGCGUACAACCGCACCUUCCAGGUGAACGACAACCAGCUGCAGCACAGCGUCAAGGAGCUGACGCCCGGUGCCACCUACCAGGUCCAGGCCUACACCAUCUACGACGGCAAGGAGUCGGUGGCCUACACCAGUCGCAACUUUACCACAAGUCGGAGGACGCGGCACAAAGAGCUGCUGGACAUAAAAAUCUUGAGAGAGCCCAAUACUCCGGGGAAAUUCAUCGUCUGGUUCCGUAAUGAGACGACGCUGCUGGUGCUCUGGCAGCCGCCGUAUCCGGCCGGGAUCUAUACCCACUACAAGGUCUCCAUCGAGCCGCCCGACGCCAACGACAGUGUCCUGUACGUGGAGAAGGAGGGCGAACCGCCCGGGCCGGCACAGGCGGCUUUCAAGGGCCUGGUCCCGGGCAGGGCGUACAACAUAUCCGUGCAGACCAUGUCCGAGGAUGAGAUAUCGCUGCCGACCACGGCUCAAUACCGAACGGUGCCGCUGCGACCCCUGAACGUGACCUUCGACCGGGAUCACAUCACGUCGAACUCGUUCCGGGUGCUGUGGGAGGCGCCGAAGGGCAUCUCCGAGUUCGACAAGUACCAGGUAUCGGUGGCCACCACCAGACGGCAAUCGACAGUACCGCGCAGCAAUGAGCCGGUGGCUUUUUUUGACUUCCGUGACAUUGCCGAACCGGGCAAAACCUUCAAUGUGAUCGUGAAAACGGUCUCCGGCAAGGUCACCUCGUGGCCAGCCACCGGCGAUGUCACGCUGCGACCCCUGCCCGUCCGCAAUCUGAGGAGCAUCAACGAUGACAAGACCAACACGAUGGUGAUUACCUGGGAGGCGGAUCCGGCCAGUACGCAGGAUGAGUACCGCAUUGUAUACCACGAACUGGAGACCUUUAAUGGCGACACUAGCACCUUGACCACCGAACGCACCCGUUACAACCUGGAGAGCCUACUGCCCGGCAGGAACUACUCCCUGUCCGUCCAGGCCGUGUCCAAGAAGAUGGAAUCUAACGAGACCAGCAUCUUUGUGGUUACCCGACCCUCGUCCCCCAUCAUCGAGGACCUGAAGAGCAUCCGGAUGGGCCUGAACAUCAGCUGGAAGAGCGACGUCAACUCCAAGCAGGAGCAGUACGAGGUCCUGUACUCCCGCAACGGCACCAGCGAGGUGCGCACUCUGAUCACCAAGGAGUCGCGUUUGGUGAUCAAGAACCUCCAGCCCGGCGCCGGCUACGAGGUGAAGGUCUUCGCCGUGAGCCAUGACCUGAGGAGCGAGCCACACGCCUACUUGCAGGCAGUUUAUCCCAAUCCCCCUCGCAACAUGACCAUUGAAACGGUGAGGAGCAACUCCGUGCUUGUCCACUGGUCACCGCCGGAGAGCGGCGAGUUCACGGAGUACUCCAUCCGGUACCGCACGGACAGCGAGCAGCAGUGGGUGCGCCUGCCCAGCGUCCGUUCCACGGAGGCCGACAUCACGGACAUGACCAAGGGCGAGAAGUACACCAUCCAGGUGAACACGGUCAGCUUCGGGGUGGAGAGCCCCGUCCCCCAGGAGGUGAACACCACGGUGCCCCCGAACCCCGUCUCCAAUAUCAUUCAGCUGGUGGACUCGCGGAACAUCACCCUGGAGUGGCCCAAGCCGGAGGGCAGGGUGGAGUCCUACAUCCUCAAGUGGUGGCCCAGCGACAAUCCUGGACGGGUUCAGACCAAGAAUGUCUCGGAGAACAAGUCGGCGGAUGACUUGUCCACCGUGCGGGUCCUGAUCGGAGAACUCAUGCCCGGAGUCCAGUACAAGUUCGAUAUCCAGACCACCUCGUACGGCAUCCUCUCGGGCAUCACCAGCCUGUACCCGCGCACCAUGCCGCUCAUCCAGUCGGACGUGGUGGUGGCCAACGGCGAGAAGGAGGACGAGCGGGACACCAUCACCCUGAGCUACACGCCCACGCCCCAGUCCUCCUCCAAGUUCGACAUCUAUCGGUUCUCGCUGGGCGACGCCGAGAUCCGGGACAAGGAGAAGCUGGCCAACGACACGGACCGCAAGGUGACGUUCACGGGCCUGGUGCCCGGAAGGCUGUACAACAUAACGGUGUGGACGGUGAGCGGGGGUGUGGCCAGUCUGCCGAUCCAGCGCCAGGACCGCCUCUACCCGGAGCCGAUCACCCAGCUGCACGCCACCAACAUCACGGACACGGAGAUCUCGCUGCGCUGGGACCUGCCCAAGGGCGAGUACAACGACUUCGACAUCGCCUACCUAACGGCGGACAACCUGCUGGCCACCAACAUGACCACCCGGAACGAGAUCACCAUCAGCGACCUGCGGCCGCACAGGAACUACACCUUCACCGUGGUGGUGCGCUCCGGCACCGAGUCCUCCGUGCUGCGCAGCAGCUCCCCGCUUUCCGCCAGCUUCACCACCAACGAGGCGGUGCCCGGCCGGGUGGAGCGUUUCCACCCGACCGACGUCCAGCCCAGCGAGAUCAACUUCGAGUGGUCGCUGCCCUCCAGCGAGGCCAACGGCGUGAUCCGCCAGUUCUCCAUCGCGUACACGAACAUCAACAACCUGACGGAUGCCGGCAUGCAGGACUUCGACUCGGAGGAGUCCUUCGGCCUGAUCAAGAACCUCAAGCCCGGCGAGACGUACGUCUUCAAGAUUCAGGCCAAGACGGCCAUCGGGUUCGGGCCGGAGCGGGAGUACCGCCAGACCAUGCCUAUCCUGGCGCCGCCACGGCCCGCCACCCAGGUGGUGCCCACGGAGGUGUACCGUAGCUCCUCGACCAUCCAGAUCCGCUUCCGCAAGAACUACUUCUCCGACCAGAACGGCCAGGUGAGGAUGUAUACGAUCAUUGUGGCGGAGGACGACGCCAAGAACGCCUCGGGCCUGGAGAUGCCCAGCUGGCACGACGUCCAGUCGUACAGCGUCUGGCUGCCGUACCAGGCCAUCGAUCCCUACUACCCGUUCGACAACCGCUCCGUGGAAGACUUCACCAUCGGCACGGAGAACUGCGACAACCACAAGAUUGGCUACUGCAACGGCCCCCUCAAGUCGGGCACCACCUACAGGGUGAAGGUGCGGGCCUUCACCGGGCCGGACAAGUUUACGGACACGGCCUACAGCUUCCCCAUCCAGACAGAACUCCUGAGUUCUCCCGAUCAAGACAACACCUCGCUGAUCGUGGCCAUCACAGUGCCCCUGACGAUCAUCCUGGUACUGCUGGUGAGCCUGCUGUUCUACAAGAGGCGGCGGAACAACUGCCGCAAGACCACCAAGGACUCGCGGGCCAACGACAACAUGUCCCUGCCGGACAGCGUCAUUGAGCAGAACCGCCCGAUCCUGAUCAAGAACUUUGCCGAGCACUACCGCCUCAUGUCCGCCGACUCGGACUUCCGGUUCAGCGAGGAGUUCGAGGAGCUGAAGCACGUGGGCCGGGACCAGCCCUGCACCUUUGCGGACCUGCCCUGCAACCGGCCGAAGAACCGCUUCACCAACAUCCUGCCCUACGAUCACUCGCGCUUCAAGCUCCAGCCGGUCGACGACGACGAGGGCAGCGACUACAUCAACGCCAACUACGUGCCCGGCCACAACUCGCCCCGCGAGUUCAUCGUCACCCAGGGACCGCUCCACUCCACCCGGGACGACUUCUGGCGGAUGUGCUGGGAGAGCAACUCGCGGGCCAUCGUCAUGCUGACGCGGUGCUUCGAGAAGGGCCGCGAGAAGUGCGACCAAUACUGGCCCAACGACACCGUGCCGGUCUUCUACGGCGACAUCAAGGUGCAGAUCCUGAACGAUAGUCACUACGCCGACUGGGUCAUGACCGAGUUUAUGCUGUGCAGGGGCAGUGAACAGCGCAUCCUGCGGCACUUCCACUUUACCACCUGGCCGGACUUUGGAGUCCCGAAUCCACCGCAGACCCUCGUCCGGUUCGUGAGGGCCUUCAGGGACCGCAUCGGAGCCGAGCAGCGACCCAUUGUGGUCCACUGCAGUGCCGGCGUGGGCAGGUCGGGCACCUUCAUCACCCUGGACCGCAUUCUGCAGCAGAUCAACACGUCGGACUACGUGGACAUAUUCGGCAUUGUCUAUGCCAUGCGAAAGGAGCGCGUUUGGAUGGUGCAGACGGAGCAGCAGUACAUCUGUAUACACCAGUGCCUGCUGGCGGUGCUGGAGGGCAAGGAGAACAUCGUGGGCCCAGCCCGGGAGAUGCACGACAACGAGGGCUAUGAAGAUGACGAGGGUAUAGCUGAAUCGGGCAUGUAAGACAGCCAAUUCCAGACAGAAAACUAUAUUCCAGUCCCUCAUAAAGGCCCGAAACAAAGCCCCCCCCAAUCCCAAUCCCAACUCAACCGAAUGGAACCGAACCCAACCAACUUGUGUGGCAAAACUACAUUAUUAUUUACUUAAGUGACGAUGGGAAGACGCUUGAUAUUAUACUUGGAUAUAUAUAUAUACAUGUACCAUAUACUCUCCACACCGAUCUAUCGAAUGGGAAUGCAGCAAUCUCGCCAAACAGAACGAACACGCAACAAUAUAUGUGGGAGUCUGGUCUGGGCCAGGGUCUGAACCUGGCCCCAGGACCUCUGACAUGUAAUCGCUUGGAGAUACUGGACACUGGAUACUGAUUGUAUUUUUACGCUAGCCACAAUUUGAUAUAAACUAUAUAUCUUCCAAUUUUUUUGUACACUUAAUGUUAGUUGAAAUAUGUGAAGCGAGACGAGCAAAUUUUUGUAGCAAACUAAAGCGCUAAAUGUUUACUUUUUUAUAUAAUAUUAUAUAUGUACGCGUAUAUAUAUAUAUAUAAAUACGAUAAACAUAUACCUAAUAUUAGACAUAAACUAAAACUAACUAUUAAAUCGCACACACACUCACCCCCACAUACACUGAACGCAAUAAUUGAGUUACAUAGUUUUAAAAAACGGAUAAAAAUUAAAAAAGAAUUAAUGUUGAAACAUUUUUUCUGAUAGAGUGUUGUUGCCUUCCAGCCCUUCAACAUGUAGUAUAAAUUUUUGUAAUCAUACCCACUUGUCCCCCUUAUUGUUUAUAUAAUUUUUAUGAUUCUUAUCGAGUGUGUAAACUAUUUAGUGUAUGUAUGUGCUACAUUCAAUUUGUUUAAUUAUAUACAUCAAAUUUUAUUUGAAACCCGAUUCGAACCGUCAUUUUGCUUUCUCCUCAUUUUAAUUUUUAGCCUUCACACGCCAUUAAAACACGAAAAACACUUGAAAUGAAGCAGCUACUGUUUGCUAUUUUUGCGCAGACUGUUCAAUUGCACAAGACGCAAGGAUACGCAAGGACUCUACAUAAUCACAACAAAAAAAACAAAAACAAAAACAAAAUCAAAGGUAUUUCUAAGACACCCAUGUUAAUGUUAAAGUAAAAGAAACUUCCAAAAAAAGACACAGACUUGUAGACAACAAGUUGGGUUUUUAGUUUUGCUUCAAAGGGCUAUAGGGUUUUUUUUUAAAUAUAUGAACUGUUUUGGACAAAGUCCAAAUGGAGUCAGAAAACUAAGACCUUUGAAAGCGGAAAUAAAAAUUCAACUAACCAACAGACAGCACAAAAGAACAACUGGAACAAAUGACCAACGCAUUUUUGUAAGGCGGAUAAUCAUUUACACAAACAAUAACAAAUCCCACGAAGAGUAAAAACAUAGACUAACUAAAAUCGAUUAAAGGGCUAAUUAAAGGAUUAGCUGGUGCCAAAGUAAACUCACACACACAAACACGCUAAGUGUAACAAUAGCGAUUAAAUUAAAAAAAAAAAAAACGAACUGUAGUCAAAAUAAUUUGCAUACACCUUUUGUUUAAUAUUUGUCCAAGAACUUAGUUGAAUUAACUUAAACUGUGAAAGAGUGCAAUAGAUAUCGUUUUGCUUCUAAAUUAGAAAGGAAAAAUAACAAAAUACAACGAACCCCAGCCCCGAUUCGAACCCGCAACUUACACACAAUCCUCUCUUAAAUAAAAAAUGCGAAAUUAAGUGAAGACGAAGCAAAAUAUCAACUAGAAGUCUGUAUAAUGCAUAUAUAACUUAAAAUUAAUAAAAAUAUAAAUAAUUUAAUGUGAAA